AUGAAGUUCAUGGAUAAGCUGCCGACCGUUAUAAGCUGUUGUUUCUGUUGUUUCUUAAGGGCUGGAACUGUGAUGAUAGCCGCAUUUUCUUUCAUCGUCGGUUUGACUUUCGCGCCAAACGUGAACCAAACGUCCGGGUUCUGGGACAUGGAGAAUGUGCUCUCGAACUUCAGCACAUCAUCGGAGACGACCGUCCAAAUGGUUCUCGGCAUGGCGUCCAUUUUGUUGUGCUCCGUCAGUGUUUUACUUCUAUUGGGAGCCUGUUGUAACUUACCGGUGCUGAUCGAGAUCUACCAGUGGGGGGCUAUCGUCUACAGCAGCACAGUUGUCUUGCUCUUUACUUUCCUUAGCACGUUCUGUUUCUUCGUCCACAAUAACUGUCUGAUGGCUGGAGGCGUUCUGCUCUGUCUUAUCUUCGUUGUAGUGCUUUCUAAGCGGCGCCAAAAGAAGCGGUCGGCCGGGGGAGCACCGGCUGACACUUUGGCCCCCGCUGAGGCGUUCGAGCCCGAUAGCGGGGACAAUAGAGUAGGGGAGGGGGCGAUGGAUGUGGUCCAGCCUUAA